CACAGCUUCACCCUGCCUGCUGUGUGUGUGUGUGGUCUGAGUGUAAAGAUCUCCAGCUGGUUUAAAGCUUCAGAGAGAACUGCACUGUGUUCAUUUCCCUUCAGUUGGUUUGUGGGCUUCUGGAUGUUCUUGCGUCUCUUCUCUGGACUUACUGAGAAAAAAUGCAGGACAUCUUAGGGAUCCUGCUGAUGUUCGCAGGAGCUGCCUCGGGUUUGCUGGUUCAGGAUCCUGUUGUCUGUAGAUUUACUGAGAGUAAUCAGUGUUAUGUAGCUCUGGGAAAACGACUGCACCUGCAAAUAACCAUGGAGGAUAGGUUUGAGCUAAAGAUCAUAGACAAGACAUCUACCUCUCGUUUAAUUAUAAAUUAUAGAAAAACCCAAAGUAACCCACCAAACCCAAAUCCCCCAAGAUGGCAGUUUGUUAAUGAUAAUAAAACUAUGAUACUAACCAGUGCAGAGAGGAGCGACGCUGGAACAUACACUUUAAGCACGUUUGAUGCAAAGGGGAAUUCUAAAGGCGAUUAUACUCUCCAGCUAAACAUUGAAGCUCAGGUGUCCUCAGUGAAAUUGUCGUACAGCUGCUUGUUCCCUGAAGUCAGGAAAGUGUACUGUUCUGCUGAUGGAGACAACCUCCGUUUCAACUGGACUCCUGAAUCAGCCAUUCGGUUGGAGAACGAGAACAGCACUCUUGUACUGGAAAAAACACAUAUUGCCAGUGUCAUCUGUCGUGUCGAAAAUCACAUCAGCAAUGACAGCGGUACCAUUACACUCGAACAAUGUUCUGAUUUCACUCUGAUUAUCCUGAGCUUGGUUUGUGUGCUUCUUAUUAUACUAUCUGUCUUAGCAUUCUACAUAUACAAGAAGAGACAAGGCCUAAGGAACAAAGAAGCCCCUUCUCAGGAUGGCACGGAGCUUGUGUAUGCGCAGGUCACCCAUUUACCCAAGAACAAGACAGAGACAAAACCCAGGAUAUCCCGAGCUCAGAACAAGGACGUGGAGAUCGCCGCAGGGGUCGCUAGUCCCAGCAAGACGAAUCAGAAGAAGAAAGAGGACGAGGUGCAGUAUGGCGAGCUGGUGUUUAACGCUCCUGCCCCAAAAAAGAGUGAGAUGCCCAAAGGUCAAGAUGAGUGUGUGUACUCACAGGUCCAGCAUGGUCAGUGAGGGACACAAUCUCAGCCUGUCUCAGCAUGCAUCAUUAAUACAGUUUAUUUUUAUGUAUUUAUUUUUUUGUAUCCAUUGCUUUGUCGCAAGAUCAUUCUGGUAGAGGAAGUAGCAGUUGGUGACAUUCCACCCAUACACACUCAUCUCUUACCCAAAAGAAAACUUCACUGACAGUGAAACUAUUUCAAUAGCUGAUUAUGCAAUUAUGGAAUCUUUUCAGGCUGCACAGUAGUACAGUGGUUAGUGUUGCUGUCUUAAGCUCAUAUACUGUUGGAUACUGUUUGUGUGGAGUUUUGCAUGUUCUCCCUCCAUCCAUGUGGGUUUCCUCCAGGUUUUCAGGUUUCCUCCGACCUCCCAAAAACAUGCCAGUAGGUAGACUGGCUAUGCUAAUUUACCCCUACUGUGUGUGUGUGUGUGUGUGUGUGUGUGCGUGUGUGCGUGUGCAAGCGCGCACUGCAGUGGGCUCGAAUAGACUCCAGAUCCACCUCAACCUUGACCACCAUAGAGUGGUUACUCUAGAGGAAUGCAUUAUUUUUUUUUCUAUUUAAAUGUAAUGCUUCAGUUGCCAUUUUAAUUCCAUUCUACUAGAAUGAAAUAACUAAGUUUUGUUUGCCAUGAAACUGUGUAUAGUACUGAGUUCAGAGUUAGUUAGUUAGUUAGUUAGUUAGUUAGCUUAGUUAUUUUAAUGAAAAAGUAUUAACCUUCACAUUCAUCGUUGAUUCUGCUGUCACAACACUGCAAAAAAAAAUUAUAACAAAUCUUUAAUGUUUAGAAGUAAGUGCUUAAAAUAAGCAUAUUUGAAAUGAGUAAAUAUGUUUAGAAUUGCAAUUGCAAUUGCCAGUUGUGUUGUUUUCUUUUCCUACCUGUGAACACGUGUGCCAUCAAGAUGAUCCUUAAUCGUAAGUAAGGCUUUUGAGCCUUUUUUCUUUAUCAUUUGUAUUGUUAAAACUGAUGAAGAGAAAAUAAAUAGGAAGUUUCUUUUUGCACUCUUAAGUGUCGGUCUACAUUCCAACAUACCUAAACACUCGUUCGUUCCCUUAAUCAUGUAACAUUUUGCUAAUUUCCAAGAAUUAAAUAAUUUUAAAAUUAAAACACUGUACUCUACAGUCUGUAUGUAGUGCAUAUAGUAGUAGGAAUAAAGUCGACCUGAAGAAGAGCAACCACUGAGCACCGACACAUCCAUAAGUCAUCCUUUAAAACUUCUAGUUUAAGGUUAAAAGACAUCCUCUCAGGAAUAACACAGAAGUUGUUAUGACAUUGUUUUUGGACAUCUCCUGAAUGCCCUGUGGUUCUCAAAGUGGGGUCCAUGAAGCAUAGCCAGGGGGUCUGUGAUAUUUUUUAUUCAGUUAUAGCAGUAAAAAAUCAUCUUUAUCAAAGUAAUUAUAUUUAUUGUUGAGUUCUUAUAGCUAUUACCAAGUUUUUGGUCACUUAAGUUUAACCCCAAUCAAGUGCUGGAAUUUGUUAAAGACAAUUGGUAGAUGAGUUUGCGAGGUAAAAAGCAAGAAACAAAAUAGUUUUCUAAGUAUCAAUUUCCUAUCUUGUAUAGAUGUAGUGAUAUGACAUCAGAUACCAUGGUCCUAUACCACAGUUCAGCUUCUGUGACUGUAAUCAGCCCCAAAUGACCUGAGUGUUGUGAGAUGUUUAUAGAUCAUGUAAGUAUGAGUGAUAAAAAUAUUUCCUCAGAAAAGAUAACCAAACCACAGUGGUGCUGACUGCACAAGUGACGAGUUCUCACUUACAAGUCAAGGGGGCUAGACGCUGCACAUUGAAAUAUUUUACAUUAAUAAAGAAACACAUUUCACUCGGCAACAGAGAGCUGUUUAUUGAUCAACUCUAUGGAUAAACUAGGAAGAUUUUUCUUCAAUGGACCGGCUAAACACACAGCCACAUAUCUACUGUAACUACAGAAAAUGCUCAUUGUUGCGUUCUGUCCAUCUCUUUCUUUCUGUCAAGUAACUUAGAAUACAGGAAGUGAGUGGUUAUUACAAUAACUAUGGAACUUCCUCUAUUUCUCAGUAAAGCAUUAUUAGUGCUGUAGAAGGAGCUUCAGUUUACUAUUGUAUUUGCUCAUCACUCACGACCAAGAUCUCUAGCAAGUACAGAGAGAGGACUGUUCUCUGGAUAAAAUGAGAAUACAGGUCACCUUUGGAAUCCUGUGGAUUUUCACACAAGCUGCCAUGGGUAGGUUUUAUCUUCUCAACAUGCACAAUUUAUUUAUUUGUAUGUACAGUUUAUGCUUUAUGGAAAGACAAAUGAGACUUAAACAAGUGAGAUCAGAUAUCAGUAAAAGGGUUGUCUUUUAAUGAACACUUCCUGCACUUCAAAACUACAAAUUUAUUUAUUUUUUUUGUGUGAAUGCCUUCAUCAAUCAAAUGAUGUUGUAGAAAAAUAAUCCACAAAACCUAAGAAAAACAGGACUUCCCCUGGCACUAAAUGGUCUAAUAUAUAUUUUAAAGAUGGCAUGUUGACAUGCAGAAUUGGCCUACUGCUUAACCCUGCGCAGGCUUUUCUUUUCUAUCAUCAGUGUUAACAUGCAGCUUUAAAGGAGUGUAAAGCAAGUUUUCACAGUGCAAUUUAACGAUGGGUGAUCUGACAAAAAUAUCUUAUCACAGUACUUAAACACAAUAUGCUACUACAGUAUGAUUGUACAAUAUGCAAUACUGUAUGUAUCACAAUAUACUUUUACUAACACAAUAUAUUUUCGCUAACACACCACCAGCACAACAGUAGUGUUGCUUUAAAAGUGCAAAAACUGAGUUAAUAAAAUUUUUAGGAAAAGGAAAGAUACUACAGGUGAAUAGGAUUUUCUUUUUAAAUACUAUACAUCACAGUCAGUCUUUGCCAGUGUUUUGCUGAUAUUCUUACAAAACAAUUUUAUUGGAUUUUUUAAUCUGCAUUUAUUUAUGCAAAUGAUUUUUCACUAAGCACAGACACAUCCAUAAGACAUCCUUUAAAACUUUUAAUUUAGUGUUAAAAGAUUGACAUUGUUUUUAGACAUCUCCUGAUUUGCUUAUCCCAAACCUUAAUAACUCAAAAACAAGUAUUCCUAUAAAUAAUGACAACUUCAGUCUUAUAACUGUUUUAAUAAAAAUGUGGGUGUGAAUUUUUAACCAGUAAGCGGUCAGCUAGGUCCUGACUGUUUAUAACUGGAGCUAGAUAAACAGCUGAAAAAAACCAUGAAUAACCAUAAACUCGUAUUAAGUGUGGUGGAACUUGUUAAAGACAAUUGGUGGAUGAGUUUGAGAUCUGACAAAAAUCAUAUCACAAUCCUUAAAUACAAUAUGCUACUACAAUAUGACUCUACAAAAAGCAAUAUGGAUUUUUUUUAUUGGAUUUUUUUAUGUGCAUUAUUUAUGCCAAUUCAUCUAU